GCCGCAGCCAUUAAACCAAAGAAGAAGAGGAGCCAACACAUUUGGUGACGUUACAUUCGGUAGGUGCCGUCAUCGCAGAGCAAUAUGGAUAAUUAACGCAGGUAGCUGUGUUCACGAUGUUUGUUAUUUAUUGAACAUUGCCUGGACCUUUGGAGAGUCCUGCUCGGUUCGCAUUUAGCUGCUGGAAGGUCAGAAAUGGCACAUUUCAUUCAUUGUAGCUAAUGCUAGUUCAGAGCUAAUGCUAGUCGAGGGGUUGUCAAAUAUGCUCACUUGAGCAAAACCCAGUCGGCUACGUUAACAAUUACAUACCUGCAAUACACUAAACACUAAAUUGUAGUGUUGUUUUUUAGUUUUUUUUUUAUAAGCAAAGCUUACGCUGGUAAGGAAGCUAUUUUACAGUGUAGUUAUUUCAAACGGUCAUGGACUAUGAACACAAGGCAAAGGAGGUGGGCGAGUGUUUGCAGAGCUACAGGGACGAUGCAUCUGGGUGGAAGGUCUGCAAGAAAUCGAAUGACACAGUUGUCUCAUGGCGUCCUUCCUCUGAAUUCCCAGGGAAUGUUUAUAAAGGGGAGGGUGUCAUAAAUGGCAGCCUGGAGAAGGUAUGGGACUGUCUGAAACCGGUACCGAAAGGACGCAGAGUCAAAUGGGACAAUAAUGUGAAAAAGUUUGACCUUUUGGAACAAGUCACUGAGGACAUAUCCAUCUGCCGAACUGUCACGCCCUCAGCUGCUAUGGGUAUCAUAUCUCCACGAGACUUUGUAGAUGUUAUUUUAAUUAGGCAACACGAAGAUGGCGCCAUUUCAUCAAAUGCCACUAAUGUGAGUCACCAGGGCUGCCCUCCUCAGUCUGGUUACGUGAGAGGAUUCAACCAUCCUUGUGGCUGCAUAUGUGUCCCCGUAUCAGCAGAACCCAACAAAACCCAGGUGUACACUUUCUUCCAGACAGACCUUGGUGGCUUACUCCCUCGGUCCGUGGUAGACUCCUUCUUCCCCUCCAGCAUGACCGAGUUCUACAACAAUUUGGCCAAAACUGUUAAAUCUGUCAAGGAUGUCUGAAUUAAAAAAUAUUAUCUUAUACUUGUUGCACAAAGCAAUACAAUCAAUAUAAACAAAGAAGCUAACCAUGAGAUCCAUUUAGUAUGUUUACUACAGGUUUGCAUCUUCCUGCUACUGUGUUGUACAUCAUAUACUGUACUGUAGCUACUGUAUUUGUUGCAGGCUCUUUUCUUUUAACCCACUAAGCGAUAUAACGGCCCAGCCGUGAGCCAGCACUUACUGUAAUGACGAAACCAGGGGUUUGACACCAUCUCCUAUUUGCGUGUCCAAAUGUGUCGUGCAUCAUUGGAAAGCUCAAUACCCUGAAAUUUGACUGACUUACAUCUGGAUGAAAUUGUAACCGCAGGAUCCGUGAAUGCAAACGUUAAAGUAGUCCGGGUCAUUAACAUAAUUGACACUCACUUUGCAAUCCUCACGGUAUAAGUCAGACAAAAAAAGUAGUAUUGAGCGGACAAUAGUUCAGUAAAUGAUUUCCAGUAAAAUACAGUAAUUACAACACACCAAUCCUUACAUCCAUAAAAAUUAACUGAUACCAGUUGCACACUUGCAUCAUUUUUGUCAGAUGCACAUAGUUUCUACAUAAUAUUGAUUAUAAAUAGCAUGGCAGCUUUAGUCACUCAAAAUCACCCUGAACUGUGAACUCUGAGAUGACGCUUAAACUUCAACUAAUAUAAUACGAUUUACCCUGUUUCUUCCUAGGGGGUUACAACCAAUAAUGUCCGUGCACAAAAAGUUACCAGCCCCUUUUCUGACAUAUGCAGCUAAACUAACUACAUCCAAUUCAAUUGCUGGAGCAUUAAAUAGCCAAUGGAAAUAUAAUAUGCUGGAUGAUGGGUUUAAGAGCACAGAAGUCAUGCAUAACAAUUUGUCUGCGCAUCAGCAUUAUAAAUAUGAAAUCAGCUUGCUAUGUCUUAAAAAAAGCCCAAAGUCAUUCAUGUAAUCCAAAUACAUUCAUUCAUAUUUUUUAGGUGUUUUAGCUAAAUAAUGGUAAGGUGUUGAAAGAAAUGUACCUACUUGACAGUCUAAUACAGGGGUCGGGAACUAUUUUGGCGGCGAGAGCCAUACAAGCCAAAUAUUUUUAAAAGUAUUUCCGUAAGAACCAUUCCAUUUUUUAUUUUAUAUUUCAUCACUGAAUACAACUAUAUGCAUGCAUUUUUAAGAAAGACCAACAUUUUUAGAGUAUAAUAAGUCUCUUAUUCUUUUUAAAAACAUUGUUAUUCUGAGGCUAGCCAAAAAUAAAUAAAAUACUUCUUACCAUUAAUGCGACUUUUUGAACAGGUGCGGUAGAAACCGGAUGGAUGGAUGAAAAUGCAUGAGAAUGUUUUAUAUUUUGAACGCUAUUUUUGAUACUGUGAUUACCAGCGGAUUUAUUCAUUACUUAUCGUGCUAAAAUUUAUCUGAGAGCAAGGUGCAGCCAUCAAAAGAGCCACAUCUGGCUCUAGAGCCAUAGGUUCCCUACCCCUGGUCUAAUAGGACAACAAGAAUGAAAACAGGAAUACAAUCGAAUUUCCUCUUAGUAGUCUUAACCUUGUUUUCUCGUACAUAACUGUGCAAUAGUCUCUGGUGAAGAGUACAAACCCAGCUUCUAAAACUUUGUACGGAUUCUUUUGGUAAGAAUCUAGAAAGUGCUGCAAAUACAAAUUUGAUAUUGAAAUGGGAUAUUGGUCCAAUAACAUCAAAAAAUCGGAUUAUAUCAGCUUGCAUCCAAAACAUCUAAUAUAAGGACAGGCUUUGUGUUGUACUUUUGCUAAUGUCUUUAAUUACUAGCUUGGCAAACCAAUAACAGAUUGUCUUAAUUUGAGAGCCUUUUCAAAGUAUUUACUUUAAAGCAUUCAAAAACUGAACAUAACAAAUUAAAGUAGAAUAUGUCAGUCUAGAUUACAUGCAAUACAAAGUAUGUUCUCUGUGACACAGUGGCCCAAGACUUUUGCACAGUACUAUUCAUGCAUGUUGCUUGAACAUUAUAUCUCCGUCAUGAGCAAGCUACAGCUAGCUGUUGCUGGCGAGUGGCGACAGUAUUUGUAUUACAAUUUGUAAAUAAUCAGGAGUCAUGAACCAUUUAUGUUGUAAAAAUAAUUCCAAAAGUCUCUUAAACAAGAGGCCCUGAGCUUUCUAGUGAUAUACAUGAUACAUCUAAGGAACUGCAUAACCGCAGCUCUCAGAAGACUGCUGUGGUACAAAGCGGGUUAAAGAGUGUUUACAAAAGAGCCUGUGUUAUGAAAAGGGACAAAAAAGCAACUUUAAAAAAUGACACAGUUCUGCAGAAAAGUCACAUUUGGUGUUUUACUUAGUUUUUGUGUUUUGUCGCAUGUUUGCCGUAUAUUUGUCGGAUUGAAAAUACGUCAGUUCAAACAUCCUCUGGCUGAGGUUGUAGCCAAAUUUAAAACCCAUUGGGGCUGCUGAGUUAAAAAUGUUGCCCAACCCUGAUAUAGGUUGUAUUCACCUGACCUCACGUCUAAACCAUUUAAUAUGCAAGGCACAAAGAGGUGGUUAAACAAGUGUGUAUUGUCAAAGCGUUCUGGGCAGCAUUUAGCCUUUCUUGAAGAAAAACGCCCUAUUCUUGUGUUGUUUUAGGCUGUUGGAACCGUUCAGAUCGUGAAAAGGAUACGUUUCUUUAAAGUUCCUUGAAAGGUAAUCAAGAAGGCUGAAAGAGUGCAGGAUUUUACAAAACUAUGACGAGAAAGGCACAAGUUUUCAGCGAACACUUCAUUAAAGGUUUGUUUGAUAUACAUUUAAUGUUUAGAAUUUCCCAUUUAAGUAUUACCCUGAUAUUUUUGGAGUUCUUAAAAACACUUUUGCAUAAAGCACCAACUUGGCAAGUCUAAAAGAAAGCAAAUGCGAGCAAAAUUUAAGAGUUAAACUUUCACUAAAGGCAGCAAUCUUAAAUUAUGCUCUCAGCACAUAAACAACCUUGAUAUAUCUAGUUAUAUUUUGAUAGAGACUGGGAACACCACACUUAAAUUAAUUUCCUUGGCUCAGCUACACACACAAAAAUAGUAGAAGUCCGUGCUUUUUCAAGGUUUCAACUGUUUUGUCGUGUAGAAUGACGCCUGGAGCACCAGAUAGUUUUUUUGCUAAUGUAUAGAGAUGUAUUCCAUUGCAUAUUUAGAUAGCUUUUAGCUCAUGUUUUUUUUUUUUGCAGUAAAAUCUAGGCCCCUUGCACACUCUGGUAGCGCACACACUGUUUGCUGCACAAUAGCCAUGUUGGUUUGGUUGACCACCACUUUGUUGUCCAGAAGUAAACUGGUCAGAAAAUGUCACGUGACUGAAUACAACCUAUAGCCAGUGCUAAUUUAUAUAUUAUAUCCUAGGCUACAUUGGGUAUAUGUUAAGCCUGGCCAAUUUUUGCAGGUAUAAAAUGAACUCAGAAAUGCUAAUUAUUCAGAAAUUAUUUGACGCAUAUUUUACUUUGUUGAAAGUUAUCAAUAGACUGCUUCACCAGAUGCUUUUAAUCUUUUAAGUUUACAAUGGCUGCUAGCGUCACAAUUUAGAGCGCAAAUAACUGUGAUCGUUUGUUCCAAGUGCAAGUAAUACACUACAUUCAGCUUGUAUUGUAAAAUGUCAAAAUAAACCUAAAGAAACUGCCUUUCUCACUUGACCAAACACAGUACUAGCAGAGGAUUGGACCAUCCCAAAUUCUAGCCAGGUACAUGCUGGGAGGGGCUCAAUUUGGGCAACUACACGGGUCUUAACUGAAACACACUUUUGAAUAUCAGAAUGUUUCUAAUUGACGCUGAAAUUUAAAGUUGUUGUCCAUCAAGGCCAGACGAGACUGAGUUCUAGUAUUUUGAUGUUGUUAUACUGAACAGAAACUACAUUUCCCUGAUUUUUUUUUUUUUUUUUUUUUUUUUUUUUUAUACUACCUGAAUCGUUUUAGUGCAACUAUUCCUUUUCUAUGUUCUGUGGGUGGCGGGUGUGCCUAAAACUAGACAGGAAAAGGAACUUUGGUCAAAGUCUGGCCCUCAAUUGUGAUGCUGUCUUCUUUCUCGUACCUCAGUUCAGUGUUUGCUGUCAUUGUAGUAGAUUAUAAGUUCACCUCAGUCCUGAUUAAUUACUGUGAAUUAAAACCAGGGUCUGUUUAUCAUCCUUGAAUAUAAAACAUUAAACUGAAUUGAUUAAA